AUGCCUCCCGCCAAGUCCAUCUCCUUCGAGCUCCUGCUGGACGAGGGCUCCAAAACAAGGGCAAGAAUUCCUCUGAGAGUAGUGCUCAAUACGCAUGACAGCACGGAGUCCAUCAUUACUACAGUCAAGAACUUCUAUGGAAUAUAUGAUGGGAAUGGUGUGAGCUUCGAAGACGCAUGGGGCAACACUCUCAUUGCCUCAUACGACAAUCUCGGCCAUAACUCUACCGUCUAUGUGCGCAUUGUGCCGGCUCCUCAGGCAGCCUCGAAUCCGUACACACAUGGCUUACAUGCCGGCGAGGGUGGCUACGAACCUAGACGUCGACCCAGUUUGGGCGAGCCCUUUCAGAUGUUACCACCUCAUAUGCGCGAGCAAUCGCACUCGCCCUCCAGGCCUGCUUCGAGAGUUGCUCGUAAGCGAAGCAUUUCUCCAUCCCAAGGGAGAGGUCGUCGAAGUGCGUCGCAACAGAAAGGACCAUCCUAUGCCAGCCGGGGCUCAAGCGCCAAUGGAAGCUACCAUGAGGAGAACGGAUAUAGUGACAGUGAGGCCGGGCGCAGCUCAAUCUCGGGAUCCAAGAAAGCUAGAAGCGAGCAAUUUGCUAGCUCUGACAUUAGUACUGCGAACGUCCUUCAAGAUGGUCGACGUGGACAACCCAUCUUCGACAGUUCGACCCUUCCUCUUUUUGUUCCUCCCCAGGUCCCAGUGACUGCUUCCCAGUCCUCUAUUUCGCCUCAGCGACGUUCGCUCCCACAGGAAGGCCCUUCACCCCUGCAUCCUCCAGGCCAGAAAAUUUAUGGACUCCAACACGUCCCAAUACUCUCUCCGCAGAGCUAUGGACCUAGUCCCAAUCCCUUUGGUGUUGGCGACCGGUCAGCGGGCGCGGAAGCCGUUACACCUAUGCCCCAGCAUGGUCACCGGCUGCGUGACCGAUCUAGUAUGCAGCAAGGGCAUGGGAGACAAGGAUAUACCGGAAACGGAAUCCUCCCAACCCCGGACCCCACCGUUGCAAGUUGUAUCUCAGACGAGGACGUGGCACGUACACUCAUUGCCUUAGGCGAUGCAUCCAACUACUCUCAUGGGCGGACCUCCAAUUCGACCAUGGACGAGACCUUCAGUGGUGUUGCUGAUGCGGCUUCAUCAACUGGUGCAACAAGCGACAGUGAUGAGUAUAGCGAUGCAGAAGGGGGCCUCCCCAAACAUAGGAAGUAUCUUGACGAUGAGGAUGAGGAGUAUGCUCAAGACAGCACUAAGGGUGAUCAAGAGGAUUACGAAGGUCUGCCCAAAACCAAGAAGAUCAAGACCAAGAUGCAUGAUGGCCCAUCUAAUGGGUAUCGACCAAAGACGACACCGUCAAUGAAGCAUGGGAAAUUCUCUAAAGUUCGGCCAAACUCCCUUCCAAAGAUUGCUAAACAUCCGACGCAGCCGGGGCUUAUGAAAGCACCGUCUGCACCAGCCUCCGCCGGCCAGGUCAGGAAGUCAUCUAGUUCAAGCCUCAACUUCCAGCACCAGCUCGCUGCGGAUGAGGAAGAUCUGUCUUCGAAACCUCGAUGUCAGCGAUGCCGAAAGAGCAAGAAAGGCUGCGAUCGCCAGCGGCCUUGCGGACGGUGCAAGGAUGCCGGCAUUGGAAUUGAAGGGUGCAUCAGCGAAGACGAAGGAAAUGGUCGAAAAGGGCGAUAUGGCAGGCACAUGGGGGUUCCGGUCAAGAAGGUUGCCGAGGGACUUUUACCCGAACAAUCAGACUUUGUCAUGGCUGCACCAAACAUGUUAGCUGACUCAAUUGGGAUCCAAGGCAGUCCGGACAAGAAUAAAAAGAGAAAGAGGUGA